GAGAUAUGGGAGGAGGGAGUGCUGAGACCUGACUGGAGAACAAAGACUCCGGGACAAGAUAGAAGCUCCGAGGGCACAGCCUAGAGAGGAGGAGCAAUGGGCUGUGGACCUUCCCAGCAAACAGAGGACCAGAGCCAGAGCCGCAUACCCUCUCCCAGGAAGGGCUGGGAAGAGGGAUCCAAGGCUGAUAGCAGAGUAACUUCUUCCAAAGAGAAUUGCAGUCCCCAAGCUGAAGCUGCAUGGCCCAAGGACACCGUAGACAAUGCCAAAAAUCUGGACCAACAAGCGCAGAUGGGGAGCUUGCCUGGGACUAUUCCAGAAACUUCUCCAACUCCUAGUAAAACAAACAGGAGAAUAAAUUCAGACCCAGUGGCCAAUGGAUUGACCAAUAAAUCUCAACUUCUGGAGAAUUGGGAGCGACCAAAGUCAUCAGACAUCCUGGAAGAGCUAAUUGUCCAAGGAAUCAUACAGAGCCGGAGCAAAGUAUUUAGAAAUGGAGAGUCGUAUGAUGUCAUGGUGGACACUACUGAAAAGCCACUGAGAAAGCCACCAGCCAGACUGAAAAAGCUUAAGGUGAAAAAGGAGGUGAAGGAUUUCACAAUCCAAGACAUAGAAGAAAAGAUGCAGGCGGCAGAGCAGCGCCGAAAGACAAAAAAGGAGGAAAUAAGAAAAAGGCUACGGAGUGACCGGCUUUUGCCCACAGCUAACCCUUCAGAUGAGGCUGAACCACCGAGCAGUAUGGAGGUUCCAUUUACUAAAGGCCUUCCAGCUAUAGGUGCCCCUGCUUUGGAGAAGUCCUACAUGCAGGAAGGAGAGCCACUAAAGAGGAAGAAGAGCGAAACUGAUCUGGCCCAGAUGAACCGGAACUACUCCUGUACAGGUUUGGAGCUUGUGGAGUCAGACAUGUAUUACAACCAAGAGGACAACAUAUUCUAAUAUGCCAUUUAAAAAAUACAUUUCACACAAUGGUCCAUGCUCUCCAGUAGCGACAGUUUUAGUGUGCCUCACGGUCUUUAAAAAGGACUGUGUCUCUACUUGUAAAGACUUCUGGCCUGGUUUUAGGGUUGGUUCUGUGAGCAUCAGGGGAUGAACUUUCGUUGAGCAAAUUAAAGGCUAUACUUACCAAAAGGGGGCUGCUUCAGAAUGGCUUCCAGCACUAGUUAGAGAUCUUAGAUUCGGAAGUCCCUGCCAGCUUACCUGAAUUAUGUUUGUGCCAAAAGAAAUUCUCCCUUUUCAUUUCUGACCUUGGCUGUGCCGGCUGAUGAGUCCUUGACGACAAACUGCAUAGAUGUAUAUUACAUAUUUUAAUAUUCCGUGUGUUGCUUAUGUUUUAAUUCUCUGCUGUUUCAGAAUAAAGCAGCGUCUUGAAGUCGG